UAAAGGGUUUGCGUUGAUAUCUGCCAAAUUUGACAAUUGUAAUAAUUCUUCUUGGUGUGGCCUCAAAUUGAUGUUAAGAUUCGUUACGUCGUCUUUAUGUUUCAUCGCUUUUUAUAAUUUCAAAUUUGUUGCUAAAAGUUAUUAAAGUUCGAGCAGAUUACAACCUUAUCUGUCAAAAAAAAGUUAGGUUAUGUUAAUUUUGACGUUUCUUUGAGAUUGAUUUAGCACGUUUAAAACAAGUUUAAAGCAAAUUUUUAUAAAUAAUGAACUGAUAGAAGUAAUAAUAAGUAGGAUAAUAUGUCGGAGGAGGUGCAGGAAGAAGAAAGGGAAGUUUUAUUAUCAAUUUACGACGGGGAUACGAAUUUUAAGCAAGUCUCACCCACUGUCUUUCAAUAUAAGUAUGGAAACAAUGAUGAACCUAAGUCAUUUUUACUCGAAUUAAAAUGGGGUGAUAAAUACCCCGAUGAAAAACCUGAUGUAAAUAUGGAUACCUUUUAUAAUAAACAUGUUAUACCAAGUUUGAAAGAAAAGAUUGCAAAUUUAGUGACUGAGGAAGCUGAGCAAUAUUUAGGAAUGUCCAUGACUUAUUCACUCUUUGAGUUUAUUAAGGAAAAAUUUGAGCAGCUUAUUGAAGAACAACCCGAGCAUCCCAUUGAGCAAUGUGUUGAGAAAAUGAGUAUUUGUGAAAAUCAGGAUAUUCCAAAAAAAUGUAUAAAAAAGGAACAUUUAACAAAAGCCCAAAAAAGGCGGCAAUGGGAUAAGGUGGAUUCAAAAGGAGAAAAGCCCAGAGGAUGGAAUUGGGUGGAUAUUGUAAAGCACCUCUCACAAACAGGGUCUAAAGAUGAUUCAGCACCAACUUCCUAAUUAAAAAAUAAUUAUCAUUCACUUUUAUACCAAUUUUAUUAUGUAUAUAAAUAUAA